GACUGGCCACUUGUAUCUUACAGAAUCACUAAAUAAUGCCCGGACAGGAGAAACUAGGCAAAUCAGCUCCUCGCAGCCGAACGGGUUGUCUGGAAUGCCGUAGGCGUCGCAUUCGAUGUGAUGAGCAACAACCAAAAUGUGGUAAUUGCCUUCGAUCUAGGAAACACCGCGUAUGCGAGUACCCUAUGCCCACGUUGACACUGCGCGACCGAAGAGCUCAGGCGAAAGCGCGUAGACCGUGGGACCAGUUGACGUUUGCUGCUGCUAAAACCGUGACUAUGUCCCCGGAAACCUUGCCUUGUGAGGUUAUUAUAAGCGAUACCUUUAGCACAACAUCAGAUCCUUUUGAUAGUCUUUCUAUCAACUUAUCUUAUCAGUCGAAAGAGCUCUUAUACCACUUUUAUCAAUCUGUUGAGAGAUUUGACAAAGUCUCGCAACAAAAACUCGCCUAUCGCCUAUCACCUGUCACUAGCAACUCCUAUGCGCUUCGGUCCGUAAUGCUUUUUGCCGCAUUACACUAUGAUUGGUCUACAGAAGAAGGCAUACAAGCGUUCGAAACAACCUUUCUACACCAUAAGAUUAAAGCUAUACAAGCUAUCAAUGGCUGGAUCGCCGGGGGACAUCCUCAACUUAUAACUUCCAUUAUUCGACAAAUUGCCACAUUGUGCUUCAUUGAACUUUGCUUGGGAAGUUUAGCUAGUGCCAAAGCCCACAUCGAUGGAAUGGUAGUCCUCUUAGAUCAGCAAAGACUGCGAAUACACGAACAACCAGACCCAUACAGAUUUCAGGAUGCCGAAGAAUACCAACAAGACGAAGAGCUCACAGAUCGAUACUUUCUGCUAAUACUUAGCUUUUAUACCCGCUAUACACUGCACAAAGAGCCAUACUCCGGCCAGAAGUUAGGAAAAGAUGAGACCCCGGCACCUGCAAGUGAAACUACUCUAUCGCACCCCUUGAAUCAAAUAGAGAGAAACUGUGACCCUUCACUCAAGCUACUUUCUCUUCGCACGAUGCUCUUAUUUUCAAAGCCCGUGCCACCACGAGCAACUUUGAGCUGGAUAAACGGAAGGGACACGAUUGAAAGAUUAAAAGCUAUCACCGAGAGUCUGGACAUGAUGUACGCAAAGCCGCAUAUCGACCAUGACGAAGUCCAGUUCGCUAUGGCAUGCACGAACUGUGUCGCGUCUCAGAUUCAUCUCGACCAGUUAGCUUCUCACAUCGCCUCAUUCUGUUACACCAAGGAUGAAUUGAUAAGGAAGGAAACUGAAGUUUUGGAGAAGCUACAGGAACAAGAACUUCGUACUACAUGGUGUGGCCUAUAUAUUGCUUCUAGCAUCUAUAUCCACCGUGUUCUUGGGCUUGGUGAACCAGAAGAAACGAUGGCCCACGAUUAUAUUAUUCAUGUUUUCCAGAAGGCUCUUAUGAAACAGUCUGGGCGUAUGGGAGAUGGUAGAUCCAUGAGUGACCAGCUUCUACUCUGGGAGAUGAUGUUGGGCGCCAUCAAUGUCACAGUAGACAGUCAAGGUUCUGAUCAACAAGCCACGAAAUAUUUCUCCCAGGCAAUCUGGCAAUGGAACCGGACUGCUCAGAUAAGAAAUUGGUCAGAUGCCAAAGCCAUUCUAGCAAGAAUAGCAUGGCCAGAAGUUAAUGCGAUGGAGGAUACUGCGAGGCAGAUAUGGGAGCGAUCAUGUGGUGAAACAUGGUAUUGA